AUGCCAAGAGCUCCAAGAACCCACUCCAAGACCUACUCGGUCCCAAAGAGACCAUACGAGUCCGCCAGAUUGGAUGCCGAGCUGAAACUCGCCGGUGAAUACGGUCUGAAGAACAAGCACGAAAUCUACAGAAUUGGUUUCCAAUUGUCCAAGAUCAGAAGAGCUGCCAGAGACUUGCUUACCAGAGACGAGAAGGAUGAGAAGAGACUUUUCGAGGGUAACGCCUUGAUCAGAAGACUGGUCAGAGUCGGUAUCUUGCCAGAAGACAAGAUGAAGUUGGAUUACGUUCUGUCCCUGAAGAUUGAGGACUUCCUUGAGAGAAGACUGCAGACCCAAGUUUUCAAGCUUGGUCUUGCCAAGUCCAUUCACCACGCUAGGGUCUUGAUCACCCAAAGACACAUUGCUGUGGGAAAGCAGAUCGUGACCAUCCCAUCCUUCAUGGUCAGAUUGGACUCUCAAAAGCACAUUGACUUCGCUCCAACUUCUCCAUACGGUGGAGGAAGACCAGGUAGAAACAAGAGAAAGUCUCAGGCUUCUGCUGGUGGCGAUGCCGAGGAGGGAGAGGAAGACGACGAGUAA